UUAGAACAUUGACAAUAUACAAGUCACAUUAUAUAACAAUUUUGCACAUUUUCAUCAUCAUGUCUUUCAGAUUUUGUCCAAACCUAUCGUUUUUAUUUAAUGAAGUUCCAUUUGCCAGCAGAUAUCAAAAGGCAAAAUCUUUGGGAUUUAAAGGGGUUGAAAGCGGUUUCCCUUUCAAUGCCGAUUUAAAUGCUGUCAUAGAUGCAAAAAAUGAUUCGGGCAUUGAUCAUGUAUUAAUAAAUAUAUAUACAGGGGAUACUUCGAAAGGAGAACUUGGCUGUGCAUGCAUACCUGACAUGUCUUCAGUAUUUGAUGAUGCACUUGAUAAAACUAUUGACUUAGCUAAGUCAUUAAACUGCAAAAUGAUUCAUUUAAUGUCGGGAAAAGUAAUUGGUCCAUGUACACAACAAAACGAUGAAGCUUAUUUGCACAAUUUGCAGAGAGCAUCAAAAAAGUUAGAGCAAAAUGAUAUAAUCGGUUUAAUUGAGCCAAUCAACUCGAUAACUGUGCCUGGAUAUUAUUUAAAUGAUUACGGCAGAGCACUCACUGUCAUUAAAUCAAUAAAUAGUCCAAAUUUGAAAUUGAUGCUUGAUAUUUUCCACCUACAACAUAUAUGUGGAAACAUUUCUCAUAACAUUAAGACAUUGCUGCCAUAUAUAGGGCAUAUCCAAAUAGCGCAAGUGCCUAAUCGCAAUGAACCGAAUACUCCAGGGGAAAUUAAUUUUCCAUAUGUGUUUAAACUUCUAGAACAUCUAAAUUAUUCGAAAUGGAUCGGGCUUGAAUAUGUUUAUAAAAAUGGUUUUGACUGGAUAUCAGACUAUGGUUAUUCUAAUUAAUAAUUGUUUUACAGUAAUAACAACAAUAAUAAUACAAAUUUCAGCAGAUUGUAAAUGUUAUUGACGCUUCUGAUUUUGUUAUGAUCAUAAUAAUUACCUCCCAACAAACAGCUUCAUGCCUCACAGCAAACAGCUGUUAUUUUGACGGAUAUAUUGUUAAAUUAUCUUCAUUUGUGUCAUCAUUAUAUACUCCUUAUAUCAUCUCAUAUUGCAUCAAAUUGUAAAUCACUG